UUGCCAUCGACGUGGUUUUCAGUUGAAGCCAUCAUUCCCCUCCCUUUGAACACUUGGUCAUCUCUUUAUUCAACCACUACCUUCUCCAAAAUGGCUCUUCCUAGUACUUUACUGGCUGUCGCAGCGGCAUUUCUCAUGACAGCGGCAUCACAGGCCCAGAAUCUCACGGGCUUCAAGGGCUGUGAUGCGCUGAUCGCAGCUGGACUGAGCGAUCGCGUAUACGUAUCCACGGACGCUGAGUACGGCGAGACCAUCAAGUCGUACUGGUCCGGCACGGUCCAGGCUCUAGAGCCAUGGUGCAUAGUCAAGCCAGUCUCGACCGAAGAGGUAUCUCGCGCUGUCGCGGCGCUCUCCGGCGUCAGUCCAGCCGGCAACUGGGACGUUGCUCUGCGCAGUGGCGGCCACAGCAGCUGGCCAUCCAACAAUGUCGCGCGCGGCGUGACGAUUGAUUUGAGCUAUAUCAACGCCACUGUCUUCAGAGAAGAAGAAGGUGGCGGUAUCGCCUCGAUUGGCACUGGUGCGAGGUGGGCAUCCGUCUUUGCAGAAGUCGAAAGAUAUGGCCGCUCGGUGACGGGAGGGCGCGAGGGCAAUGUCGGUGUCGGUGGAUUAUUGCUUGGCGGUGGUGUGUCCUUCUAUUCCGGCAAGCGCGGAUUCGCAUGCGACGAUGUCGUUAACUACGAAGUCGUCCUUGCCGAUGGGUCGGUCGUGCAAGCUAGCGACAAAGAGAACCCGAAUCUCUUCAAGGCACUCAAAGGCGGGGGCAAUAACUUUGGCGUGGUGACACGCUUCGAUAUGCGAGCGUUUGAGCAGGGCAACCUGUAUGGUGGUUUGCUUGUCUACGCUUACGACAAAAGGGCGGCCGUCUUCAACCAGUUUGUGAGGCUGAUUGAUAUCAAUCAUCCAGAGGAUACCGAACUGGUGACUCUCUCCUACACAAGCCCGGGACCUGCUCCAAUGAUCGCAAUAGUGGCUAUCAACACUGACGGCCAUGAGAACUCUACCUCAUUCGCACCUUUAACGGGUGUGGAAGCUGUGAUUGAUGAGCGAGGAGUCAAGAGUUAUGGGAGGAUCAUUACAGAUUACCAGACUGCUGGUGGCCGACGAAGUGUCUGGUUCUCAUUCUGCUUCCAGAAUGAUAUCGAAGUCAUGAACCAUGUAGCAGACGAAUUCGUAUCAUUCAUCGACAAGAUGGAGAACCUCGUCCCCGGAACGAACUUCAGCCUCCACUCAACCUUCCAGCCACUCCCAAAGCAUUAUGUCAAGAAUAUUGCAAACAAUGUGCUCGGCCUCGAUCAAUCUCUGGGGCAUGACUCUAUCAUUUACUUGAUCUGGAUAUCAGUUGACACUCUGGAGCAGGAGACGCUAUUCUACAACAAGCUUGCUAGCAUGACUGCGAAACUCGAAGCUGAUAUCGAGUCGCGAGGCGCAAGCACUUCUUGGAAGUAUAUGAACUACAUCAACCCGUCUCAGGACCCGAUUGCUACUUAUGGAGAAACGAAUGUGGCAUACUUGAAGGAAGUAGCCGCGCAGUAUGAUCCCAUCGGCUUUUUCCAAGACCGUGUGCCUGGAGGAUUCAAGAUAAGUAGGGUAUGGACGUGA